AUGUCUACAACCAAUACAAAUAAUUUAUUUUCAUAUGAAAAAUAUACGAAACCUGAAGGUUAUGAUUAUGAUGAAUGUGAUGAUUCCUCUGAUGGCAGUGAUGGUAAUGAUUAUCUAGAUAAUGAAUCUUUCACAGUAAACAAAAAUUAUAAAAAUAAUGGUGGUGGUAGUGGCAUUUCAAAACCAAAAAAGAAACAACCAUCGCAACCAUUGCAAGAACAAGAACAACAACAACAAGAACAAGAACAACAACAACAACAACAACAACAACAACAACAACAACAACAACAACAACAACAACAACAACAACAACAAACAUUAGAAACUUCAGAAAAUUUAACAACAACAACAGAGAAAUCAUCAAAAACUAAUAAAAAACAAAACAAACAUGAAGAAUUAAAUGAAACAAUAGAAGAAACAAAUAAAACAAAGAAAUUAACAAAAUCAGAGGUACAAUCAAUUAUAGAUGAUGAAAUUGAAAAUAAGAAAAAAGAGAGGUUACCUUCAAGUGAAGAAGUUUAUAACCGUAUUUUAUAUGACCAUUUAUUAAAGGAUAAAAUGGAUGAUUUUACCAUAUUCUAUGAAGAUCGUUUCGAUGGUUUAAAGAAAGCUGCUUUUAAAUCUUUCGAAUUUGGUGUUGUACCCUUACAUAGAAUUAAAAAAUUUAGUUAUUUAAAUACAAUAGUUUGGGAUCGUACCGAAAGAAUUUAUGAUUUCUCAAUAUUUGAUUGUAUUAAUAAUAAUAAUAAUGAAAAUAAUGAAAAUAAUGAAAAUAUAUAA